AUGACAGAUUCAUUACAACCUUCUCAAAAGAAUCUAACGAUAGAUGAUAUAAUAGAAGAAAGUCUUGAGUGUUUUGGUUGGGCUCAAGCAUUCCAAUCUAUCCUUGUUGCUUUUGCAUCAUUGUUUGAUGCACAAAAUUCCUUCAUCAGUGUCUUCACCGAUGCCCAACCAACUUUUCAUUGCAUCGACAAUACACUAUGCAUUUCAAGCUCUAAUAUAUGUGAAAUUCCCAAGUUUGCAUGGGCAUGGAGUGAUCAUGCUUCAAAGACAAUCAUUUCAGACUGGGAGCUUCAGUGUUCCAGUUCAUUCAUCCAAGGUCUACCAGUCUCUUCUCACUACACGGGAUGCAUACUAGGUGGGAUCUUGUUGGCAAUGUAUGCUGACUUCUUCGUUGGUAGGGAGAAGUUGUUGUUUCUUUCUUGUCUAACAAUGUCUGUAACUGGAAUUCUUACAGCAUUCUCCAGUAAUAUCUGGAUGUACGUCAUAAUGAGAUUUUUCUCGGGACUUGCUCGUGGCACACUAGUCAUAUGCACCGUCGUCUUGUUAACCGAAAGGAUGGGAAGGAAUUGGCGAGGAAGAGUUGGAAUUCUCGACUACUUGUUCUUCUCAUAUUCAACACUCUCCUUACCAGUUUUGCCUUUUCAACUAGAAGAUGUUCUUGGAGAGUGCUUUAUCUUUGUCCUGGAAUUCCCGUAUUUGUUUAUUGUGUCAUAG